AUGGUGGGGAAAGUCAACGUUCAACGGCUUGGAAAUGGGAGCGUAUCUGGCAGUUUCCGUGCCGCGGCCUCCGAAUACGCCAAGUCCUUCACUCGAGCUGCUGAGAAAGGAAGGCAGGAUUGGGCUUGCCGGGCGGAGCCGUGUCUGGUGGAUCGUCCAACCGCCUCGUUGGUGCCAAUAUUGGAGUGUAGAUGCUCGAUAGUUCGGGGUAUGCACGAGAGCCGAAGUAGAUCCGUCUUGCGGCCGGCGCAAGAUGAGGCGACAAGGGCCGAAAAAAAAGUGUGGAAAAAAUUUGAAGACGGCGGGACACCCUACCCAAGACCUCGACCCUGGAACCUGUAUGCAAAACCUGAAGUGGCGAUCGUCACUGUGGCUCAGAGGGCCAUCUGUCGAAUUCGUCACCCAAGGCAAGGGUUUCUCCAGGCGAAUCUUGGUACACAAUACGCCAAAGGCGGGAGAAUGAAUGGAGCCGAUAAAGAAUGGUCCACUUCACGUGUCUUCCAGGGGGUGCUGAAGGAAUGGGAGGCCCUUCCGCAUUCUACUGCGGUCGAUGGCUCGUAUCUUCCUUUCUCUCUUGCACACAUGAAACUUACUGAUAUUAUAUGUACUGUGCCUGUUUCCUAUGAGAGUUCAGAAUUUCCCUCAAAUGGGCUUGGAUCAUUGGUUAGUUACUCAACAGAGACCAUACUGGGUGGUUGGCGGAGACAAUUAGCGUCAUUGAACGCGCUCCCAAUCGGUCGGCCUGCAGGAAACUCAAGUCUUGGUAGUCCAAGGACGAAGCAGGACAGAGGUGAGAAACAUCGGGUUUAG